AUGCAGUUCUCUCAGCUUCUCCUCGCCGCUGGCCUCUUUGCCCCCUCUAUCUUUGCUGCCCCUAUUGCCAGCUCCGAUUGGACCAUACGAGAGAUGAAGCGCGUCUGCAACGACGAAAACACCUCAUGCACCUGGACAUUUGGCAUCGACUCUGGUUCAGAGACUACCGAUUGUACCUACGUCGUGGAGGCCGACGAUGCCUCUCACGCCAACGGAGGCCCUAGUAAAUGUGAAGAAUACUCCAUCAGCUCGGGUUGGAGCGGCCAGUUCGACCCUACCAACGGCUUCACUACCUUGUCUGUUGUCAACGACGAGCUCCGGCAGCAGAUCUGGGCUGGCUACACCGACUCGCAGCUUGCCGAUGGAGAGGUCGUCAAGCCCGACCAGAGCUACCCUCCCACUGCUCUUCUCUGA